UUCUCUCUCCGACUCUCUCUUUCUCUCUCUCUUUCUCUCUCUAAAAAUGCAUUUCCAUUAAUAACGCCGUUUGUUCUCGAUCCUCUGGAGAAAAAAUCCACACUCUAAAAUCAGCAAUCAAUAUAUCCGGACGGAAUAUCUGUAAUGGUUGUUUCAGGAUUUAGUGCGGGGUUAAUCCCGGCUGUCGGAUUCCUUCUCGUCCUCCUCUACUCGCCGUUGAUGUGCCUCGGAAUCCGUUCCUUCCCCUACAACGGCGGCGCCGCGAUCUCCGAUUUCAACGGACUAUUCGGAUUCUCCGAGGCGCCGGACUACCGCAACGGCGUCGGCUGUCCGUCGACGGCGGCGGCGAAAUCCGCGGAUCCGGUGACGUCAUGCGAUCCGUCGCUUGUACACGUGGCGAUGACGCUCGACUCGGAGUACCUCCGUGGCUCAAUGGCGGCGGUGCACUCGGUCCUCCGCCACGCGUCGUGCCCGGAGCAGGUCUUCUUCCAUUUCGUCGCGGCCGAGUUCGACUCGCUGAGUCCCCGAGUUCUGACCCGGCUCGUUCAGUCCAUUUUCCCCUCCCUCAAUUUCAAGGUCUACAUCUUCCGAGAGGACACCGUCAUAAACCUAAUCUCCUCCUCGAUCCGGUCCGCUCUGGAGAACCCGCUGAACUACGCCCGGAAUUACCUCGGUGACAUUAUCGACCCGUGCGUGAAACGGGUCAUAUAUCUGGACUCGGAUCUGGUUCUGGUCGACGACAUCACGAAGCUCUGGGAGGUGAAAAUGUCGGCCGGAAAAAUAAUCGGCGCACCGGAAUACUGCCACGCGAAUUUCACCAAGUACUUCACCGACAACUUCUGGUCCGACCCGGUACUGAGCCGGGUAUUCGGGUCGAGGAAGCCCUGCUACUUCAACACAGGUGUGAUGGUGAUGGAUUUGGAGAAGUGGAGGGAGGGGCAUUUCCGGAAGAAGAUUGAGAAUUGGAUGGAACUGCAGAGACAGAACCGGAUAUAUGAGCUAGGCUCUCUGCCGCCGUUCCUUCUCGUCUUCGGUGGGAAUGUGGAGCCGAUCAACCACCGUUGGAAUCAACACGGUUUGGGCGGUGACAACGUGGCAGGAUCCUGUAGAGAGCUGCACCCUGGUCCAGUGAGCCUGCUGCACUGGAGCGGAAAGGGGAAGCCCUGGGUAAGGCUUGACGAGAAGAGGCCUUGUCCGUUGGAUCAUCUCUGGGAGCCGUACGAUUUGUACAAGGGGAAAUCCAUGGUACAACAUCAACAGCGUCUCGAACAACUCGUUGGGUAUUCAAGUUAUUUCUUUUAAUUUUUUAAUUUUUUUUUUAAAUUCUGGAUUAUUAAUUCUUUGAUUAGCUUGUACAGAAUGGGGCGAAUAUUAUUUUCUCUCUGUUUUUUUUUUUUUUUUUAAAUUAUUUUAUUGUUUGAGUGUUGCUACAAUUUAAUUUCAUUUGAUUGAUUGAGAUAGGGUUCCUAUGAUGAAGGAACCAAUUUUGGGUUUUAGGUAAUUUGUUGUACUUAGUGGAUUUUGAAUAACAUUUAGUUGUUCUAUUGUACUAAUCCAAAAGUUAAUCGUUUUAGCCCAUUUACUAA